GAUUAUAUUACUUCUCUGCCUCCAAUAUGCAUUACAGUCCAGGUGCUCCGAUCUUAAGAUCUGGUGAUCUCGUCAACUGGGAACUUAUCGGUCACUCUGUGCCCAGUCUCGAUUUCGGCGAGAAGUAUAAUUUGACGAAUGGUCAUGCAUAUAGGGGUGGAACAUGGGCGUCCACGAUGCGGUUUCGUAAGAGUACCGGGCUUUGGUACUGGAUUGACUGUGUUGACUUCUGGUACACUUACAUUUAUACCGCCAAGGACGUCACCGGACCAUGGACCCGCGCGGCUGUGCUUCCAGGUGGCACAUGCUACUAUGACUGUGGCCUUCUUAUCGACAAUGAUGACACCAUGUAUGUCGUAUACGGCUCUAGUGACGUGUCUAUAGCCCAGCUAUCUAAAGACGGACUCAGCCAAGUAGAGACCAAACACGUCUUCAGUGCCUCUGAUGAUGGGCUCUACUACAUUCUUGACGAUCAUCCAGGCGAUAUUACCUAUAUAUGGAAAUCCGAAACCCCCUGGGGCCCCUAUGAAAGCAAGAUACUAGUUAACGGUAUUAAAUCUCCAGUACCCAAUGGCGGAGCUCCGUAUCAAGGAAGUCUCAUUCAGGCGUCAACAGGUGACUGGUACUACAUGUCUUUCACAUGGGAAUAUCCAAAUGGCCGGGAAGAUGGCUUCCCCUUUUUUGUUGCCGACGAGUCUGGUGGAUGGGGUUCAUCUUAUCUGACACCACUUCCUGUCAAAGCAGUACAAAAAUGGGCUUGUACUGACGCUUUCGAUGACAGCACCCUAGGUCCAGACUGGGAAUGGAAUCAUAAUCCUGAUGAGACAAAGUACAAGGCUGGCAAUGGCGGGGUGACUUUAUCCACUGCGACUGUGACGGACGACUUGUACGCAGCGCGUAACACCCUAACCCAUCGCAUUCAUGGAGAGUUCCCCGUCGGCACUCUUCAAGUUGAUUUUACUAAUAUGGCCGAUGGUGACCGAUUUGGCCUUGCAGCUUUCCGGAAUCGCACUGCUUAUAUUGGUAUCCAUUAUGAUGGAUCCAAGUACACAUUAUCCGUGGUGCACAACAUCACACAAGAAGAAUAUGCAUGGAAUACGACUGACCUCGGGGAUAUAGUAGCAACAACAACAGAUAUCCCUAAAUAUAAGACAAUUUGGCUUCGGGCGUCGCUGGACGCUCGAGCGAGCGGUAGUUACGCGGCCAAUUUCUCAUACAGUAUAGACGGGCAAAAGUUCACCCAAUUAGGGGAACCUUACACGAUGUAUACCGACUGGGCAUAUUUCAUGGGCUAUCACUUUGGAAUUUUUAACUAUGCUACUAAGAAGCUAGGUGGCUCGAUUCGAGCUUUAUCUUUUACAGGUGCGUAAAGUCGCGGGUUCGAAAAAGGGAGAUCCCAUAAAUACC